UAAACUCCAGUUGAAAUCAGCACUGAUUAUUGUACAUGUCAUUCUUGACAGUAGAGGAAACAGCAGUUAGAAUACAGAUCAGAGCAAAAUGAUUAAGAUGAACACAGCUUUGUGUGUUGCUGGUGCCGUACUUCUCAACAUAGCUGGCUCUCUCUGUCAGUUGGAUGUGUGUGGCCAAGCUCCCCUCAACAACAGGAUUGUUGGAGGGCAGGAUACAAGCGAAGGAGCUUGGCCCUGGCAAGUCAGCAUUCAAAGUGCUGGAAGCCAUUUCUGUGCUGGGAGCCUUAUCAAUAAGGACUGGGUUUUGUCUGCAGCUCACUGCUUUCAGAGCAUCCACUGGUAUACCAUUACAAUCUACUUGGGACGUCAGAGCCAAGUAUCAGGCUCAAAUCCAAAUGAGGUCUCUAGGAGAGUGAGUCAAAUUUUCAACCAUCCAAACUAUAACAAUCCCAGUAAUGACAACGACAUAGCACUGGUUCAGCUCUCCUCUUCUGUGACUUUCUCUGAUUAUAUUAAGCCAGUCUGCCUGGCUGCUGCUGGUAGUAUAUUGGCUGCUGGUACUGCUAGCUGGGUCACUGGAUGGGGCACUCUUAUUUCUGGAGACUCCCAGCUACCCAACAUACUGCAGGAAGUGAAAAUACCAAUUGUGAGCAACAGUGACUGUAAUAAGGCCUAUGGAGGUGGCAUCACAAACAACAUGAUUUGUGCUGGACUGUUAAAUCAGGGAGGGAAAGACUCGUGCCAGGGCGACUCUGGAGGUCCGAUGGUCAGUAAGAACGGCUCUCUGUGGAUUCAGUCUGGCAUUGUGAGUUUUGGUACAGGAUGCGCAGAUCCCAGGUUUCCUGGUGUGUAUACAAGGGUGUCUCAAUACCAGGACUGGAUCAACUCUUACAUAACCAACAACCAGUCGGGAUUUGUCAAAUUCAUCUCCAGUGGAUCCAGCAGAGGCUUACCCAACCUUCUUCCCCUCACAUUCUUCAUCAUCCCUCUAAUCUCUUUUUAUUAAAGAUGAGCUUAUUUGAAUAUUAAUCAUCAGAGUUCUUUGAUUAAAAAACAAAAGACAAUUGUGCUAUACACACUCUUAUAAAUGGGAUAAAAGAGCAUAUAUAUAUUUGUAUUUUUUAUUUUUUUUUAAAUGUAGUAUUCUUUAAAGAGCACCUAUUAUGGUUUUUAAACGUGCCUAAUUUUGUUUUAAAGGUCUCAUACAAUAGCAUGCAUGCAUCCAAGGUCAAAAAAUACUUUAAUUUGCUCAUAAUUUAAAUUGCAGCAUUACCUUUUUUUUCCCAGUGUCAAAAACGACUCGUUCAAUGAUCCGUUCUAAAGGAUUCAUUCUAAACUCCUCCUUUCAGAGAGCCUACUCUGCUCUAAUUGGUCAGAUGUCCCAGUCUGUUGUGACUGGUCUACCGCUUAAUGUAUUGUUUGAGGGCGGGUCAAAGCUGUUCACGAGCAGCCAAUGAAGACCAGAGGCGGAUUUUUUGUUACCAAAUUACUAGGUUAGUGCAGGAAGUAAAUCUGGAAUUACUAACGACUCGUUUCAGGUGUUCAGAGUAGUGAUGGGAAGAUCAGAUAAUUUUACUGACUUGAAUCUUUGAGUCUCGUUCAGCAAAAUGAACGAAUCUGUAUUCAAGUCAUUUAGUUCAUUUGAGCAGAAUUAAAUUAAAAUGUUACAUUUUCAAUAGCCAAAUCCCCCACAACACAUCUACGUACCCAAACUUUGAUUAUAGUCCCAAUAAGAAAAAAUGUAUAAUGCAGCCACGGACAAAUUAUGAGAAACAGAAAGAUUAUUUCACCUCUGGAAUCUUCUUGUCGGAGUCGUUCGUUCUUUUGUCACUGCAUAGCGUAUACUGCUGUCACGUGACAAAAGAACGUACGACUCGGACCAGAAGAUAGGAGAGGUGAACUAAUCAUUUCUGUUUCCUGUGUGAGCAAUGCAUAGCGUAUACCGCUGUCACAUGACAAAAGAACGUAUGACUUGGACCAGAAGACUGGAGAGGUGAAUUAAUCAUUUCUGUUUCCUGUACAGCGCCUAUGCAGUUUUCACGUAACAAACGAACGGAGGUUGCGCAAUGCACAUGCGUGGCCAACACAAAAUGAACGAAUCACUCUCUGAGACUACUCGUUCUUCUGAGUCACAUAAAAGAUUCAUUCAAAAUUAAACGAAUCGUUCAUGAACAACCCAUCACUAGUUCAGAAUCGGUUCUUUCUUUUGGGAGUCAAUAACUUCAUUUGUCGCAGUUUGAUUUUUGAAACUUUGCAGACUUUUUUACAUUCACAAACAGCUAUAUAACACACUACAUGAAAGGUAAUAUGUUAAUCCAAUGUUACUGAGGCAUGUUUAUUUAUUUUAGGUUGAUCAAGUAAUUGCAAUUAUAAGAGCUUACAAUAAUAGAGUUCUAAUAAUCUGAUGUUCAGAAUGAUUGUAAAAUCAAAGUACAGUGCACUGAUCUGAUAUUUGGCCUGAAUAUGAGACAUAAAUUGCCCAUUACCCCCAUUUUGCGUUGUAUGUAAACAGACACCUUUACCUCCAUUCUUACCUGCAUUUCCAAUGUACUCAAGUGUUGUGUUUAUGCUUUGACAUCAAAAGCAGAGAAUAAUUGGAUGAUUUCAAAUCUCAUGUAAACACGUUUUUCUUGCGUUGUCAGAUUCUUUAAAUAGGUUAAUUUUUGGUAGAUAUCAGCGUAUUGCUAUGCAUGUAAAUGUGCUAAUUGAAAGGAACCAAAACAAAUGCACUGCAGCACUUUUGUAUGUUGAUAAAAUUCUUUUACCAUAGCACUUCCUUGUUGAAAAGAGCACUGAUGGUCAUCAUCAUAGAACAAAGCUUUUAAACAAGCUUAACCAGAAACUAUAGCUAAGUUUUGUGAUGAACAUCAUGGCUAUUGCUGGUCCAUCAACUAUCCAAGCACAAACCAACCUGGACCGCCAUGGCAGGGAUGGUUUAAGCUGGUUCAGCAGGGUUACUUCAUCUCAGGGACUGAAUAUUUAUUGCAAAAGCUGUUCAGCCUGUGCUCUGCAAUGUGAUCAGAGAUACUGCUUUUUAAAAAAUUUACUUAACUUUAAUUAGUUGCCAUGUUGUAAUCACACAGGAACAGAAUAAAUACAGGGCAUA